AGAGGAUUGAACACACCUUAGAUGUCAAAGCGUGGAUGGAGCGAUUUUAUACUAUUUGAGGGAAUUAGUCUUGAUUUGUUUACAUUAAUUUAUAAUCUCUUUAUUAGAAAUAAAUCAGUUUACAAAUACGUUAGAUAAAGAAUGGUUUCUGAAAGCAAUGAUGAGGAAGUGGUGGUUUGUCGAGCCUGCAUAAGCGAGUGCGUAGAAUACAAGUCGUUGCACAAGCAGGGUAUUUGUAUGGGUGAGGUGCAAACUUUGGCGUCCAUGCUGAGUUUUAUUACAAAUUUGGAUUUUUCAAAUGAUGAAAGUUUUCCUUCAAAUAUCUGUUUACGUUGUGUCCAAAAUGUUGCUAAGACAUAUGCUUUUAAGAAAAUGGUAAUGGAAACAGAUGAAGUAUUGCGAAGACAGUUAGAAGAACUGGACUGUGGGAUAGGAAUGACAGAUGCAGGAGCUGGUGACAGUGUUAUUGAAGAUCUUGACACAGAAUCGGCGGAGUCAGUUGUAGAAGAGCACCAUCUCGAAGUAGAAGAGGGAACCGAUUUGGAUGAAUCUGAUCAACUGCAUGAUUUGGCGACAGCAGCUCAAUUCAAAAGAUCUGUAGAAAGUAUGGAGUAUGUGUCUCUAACGGUAUUAGAUAGCGUUGUAGAUGGAUGUGAUGCAGCAAUAUCCAUGGAACAAAUGCAAUGUGAUAUAGAGCAUAAUGAGCAAAAUUGUGAGGAAGAUGAAGUGGUUGUUCAUGAAGUAGCAGAGUCAGAGGAAGUAUACCAGACGGAUGCUGAAGAAGACGGUAGGCACAAGGAAUAUGAAGAGAUAUACGAAGUGAAAUUAGAUGAAAUGUCUCAAAGUGACUGUUCUUUAUUGGAAAUUGCGGAAGGUCACCAAAUACAUAAACAUUUUAAAAGAGAAAUUAAAUCUGCCGAUCCGGACGGAGAAUGGGAUAUUAGCUUAGAACAGAAAAUUAAACCGCCAACAAAAAUCCGCAAAAAAAGCAACCAACCUAAACCGCCGAACCCUGAUUUGCAAUGCAAGGUGUGUGGAAAACAACUGAGUAAUCAAAAUUCUUUUAAGUACCAUAUGCAACUGCAUUCCGAUGCUACACCUUAUUUAUGCAGUCUUUGUGGCGAAGGUUUUAAAACUCGUAAUGCUUAUGAAGGACAUAUAAUUAUCCAUGAUCCAAAUAACCCGAAUACAUGUGAGCUAUGUGGUAAAGCAUAUCGUCAAUCAUCCUCUUUAAGAACCCACAUGUUAUCGCAUACCGGCGAGAGACCUUUCCAGUGUGAUAUUUGUGGGAAGUCCAUGACACAAAAGUCUGGAUAUAAGAAGCACAUGCUUGUACAUACAGGUGAAAAACCGCAUACGUGUGAUGUCUGUGGUCGUGAAUUUCGGUAUUCGAGCAACUUGAUUGCUCAUAAACGUUGCCACUCUGGGGAGAGACCGUAUGAAUGCCCCCAUUGCAAACGAGGUUUCCCAACGGCCGAGCAGAUGAAGAGGCAUUCCCUAAUACACAGUGGAGAAAGACCUUUUCAAUGUGAGAUCUGCAAUAAACGUUUCAAGCGACGAUCAUCAUUGAUGUCACACCGACAUACACAUGACUCUGAGCCUGAGCUGAUUGUUGAUCAUAAAGUGUGUAAAUCAAAUGUCGUCGAACUAUACUAAAUAGUUAUUAGAAUAAACUAAAACCAAUGAGAAAUAUAAUAUCUAUGUAAUUUUUUUUUCAUUAUAGUAUACAAAUAUGUAAAUGAAUGGUCAGUGUACUGAUAUUCAUCACAAUUCUAAUUGGCAUCUCUUUCGAAAUUUAAAAAUUUCAAUAUUGCUCCAACAGAUCCAACCUUCAUAGAACAUUCUAAGUUUCAUAAAAGAGAAAAUAAAUUCAACUACGUUUUUACGAAUAAA